CUCUUUUGGUUUCAGUGCCUAUUUUGUUUUCUUUUCUUUUUUCUCUUUGUAUAUAUAAUACUACUAAUAAUGCUCCAUUUUGUUAUAACUAUAUCUUGAAAAUCAAUCAGCAUUUUUAGAGCAUGAUGUUGGCAAUGGAAGAAAUAUUGUGUGAACUGAAUAGAGAAGAGAUGAAUGAACAAGGCCUUCCACCUGGUUUUAGGUUUCAUCCAACUGAUGAAGAGCUUAUCACUUUUUACUUAGCCUCUAAGGUCUUCAAUGGUACUUUUUCUGGUAUUCAAAUUGCUGAAGUUGAUCUCAACAGAUGUGAGCCCUGGGAACUUCCAGAAGUGGCAAAAAUGGGGGAAAGAGAGUGGUAUUUUUUUAGCUUAAGGGACCGGAAAUACCCAACCGGGUUAAGAACGAACCGGGCGACAGGAGCGGGUUAUUGGAAAGCAACGGGUAAAGACCGUGAAGUUUACAGUGCAACUAACGGAGCCCUCCUUGGGAUGAAGAAAACACUUGUUUUUUACAAAGGAAGAGCUCCAAGGGGUGAGAAAACUAAAUGGGUUAUGCAUGAAUACCGUCUUGACGGUGAUUUCUCCUACCGUUACUCUUCUAAGGAGGAAUGGGUGAUAUGCAGAAUACUACACAAAAUAGGGGAGAAGAAAAAUGCAAUAAUAUAUGAAGGGGCAAGUGGUGGUGGGUCUACGUACCCCACUUUAAAAACAUGGUCAUCAGCAGCAUUGAAUUCAUCUUUAACACCAAAUCCAAAAACACUAUGUCAGCAAGCUGAAGCAUCACAAAUAUCAUACAAUAACUCAUCACUGAACAACCUUUAUCUAUUUCACCACCAUGAAAACGACCUCAUCAAAUCCCUCUUUAAUAAUAAUAAUAAUGUUUCCCAAACAACAAACCUAUUCCAAAUGAAUAAUGUUGCCUUUUCCUCUACCAAAAGAUACAAAGACGACAAACAACAACUUGUAGACAUGGCAAACAAAAACUCAUCCAAUAUCGUCUUGAUCAAUUCACAGACUUGCACUUCUUCGAAGAAAAGCGAAACAACGUUGAAAUCACAAGGCAAUUUUUAUGAUCAAAAUGCUUUUGGGAUGAAUUCCGAUUGGAUUAGUAGUUUAAGCGCGGGCAUGGAGGAGGAGAUACCAUGCAAUUAUUUCAAUAACGUCAUCAUGGAUAAUAAUUAUCCCAUCAAAAUUGCUGCAGAAUCUUGGCCUCUCCAUCACUAGUAGGAUGAUAUAUAUAGCUAGUAACUGAUUAUGACUAGUGUUAUGUAUAAACAGCUACUCUAUAGCUAGCUAUGUGUAAUUAAUUCAGAAACCUGCAUGUUGCUUGUUCCUUAAGGUUUAUGAGAUGAAUAUGAAUAUAUUGUAUUAUAUAUA